GCAAGAAACAGUCUGCGAGUUCGUAAAGUGGAUAGAAGUAGGAAAAAAAAAGUUGCCGUCGCGUUUCUCUCUCGGGUUUCGAACCAGAAAAUUCAGCUCGAAAUCAAGCCCCGAUUCCGGCCCGGAACUCGGCAACGGUGCGUGGACGGUGUUGGCCGUGCCGCGGGGACCGGUUUGGCGCGCGCGGAACCGCGGAAGCAGUGAAAUUCGACGCGUUUUUAGGGGGUUGAAAAAGUUGCAGUUUUUGCUUUUUUCCUUUUUUUGCUGUGUGUGUGGUUUGUCCUCCAUCACGGCCUACUGAGUUGUGUGUCCGUCCGUCCCCCCUGUCCGAGUAAGAAGAAGGCAAGAUCUGGGGGGCUCUCGCGGAGGAAAGUUUUUCGCUGACUGCAGCAGCAGCAGCCCCAACACGACGACGACGACGGAGGUGGCCCCUUGGCCAGGCCAGGCAGCCAGUUUUGCGUAGCCCCAAAGCAGAGGCACAGAGAGAAGAGAGGAGGAAAAAUGAUUUGAAAGUUUUUUUGUUGUUGUUGUUUUAAUUUGCUGGCUUGCUCGUGUGAAAUUGGACACAUUUCGGAAUCGGGUUUCGUAAGAAGGUUCUGGCCCGUGCAGCAGCAAAGCAAGCACUCCGCGGUUGUUCCGGAUUGGUGAAUCCGUGCAACAGGAGAAGGAAGAAGAGUAGCAGAUCGGAGAGGGAAGGUUCUCUCGAAUUAUGAAAUGAACCUUCGGCAAUGGGGUCGCAAACCUUGGAAAUCCUGCGACAAGGAGUGCUGGCCAGUUUGACCGGCGGGUGGUUCUACGACGUGCACCAGAAUGUGUUCUGCAAUGCGGUCCACCUGUACAUCUGGCUGUUUCUGCUGUUCCUGCCGUUCAUCAUCUAUAUGUACUUCCCCACGACGGUGCUGGUAUGGAGCGUGUACUGCGUGCUGAUCGCCCUCAUCAUCAGCUUCUUCAAGUUUGUGAACGUGGCGCUGCACCGGAUGUACGACCGAGCGCGCACCAUGUCCGAUACGAACCUGAAGAAGCCGGGCGCGGGGGGUGGAGGCGGCGGCAAGUCUGGGACCAACAAUGGUGGCGGUGGCGGAAAUGGUCGCGAAACUUCCGGGGAGGACGACACCGGCAUCGAGAUGCAGAUUCUCGGCACGGUGGAGGUCGUGGAGACACCGCCGGUGGACAUGUCGUCGCGGACUUCGGUGGAGCGGCACAGUGACGAGAUUAGCUGCGCCAACAGUGCCAUGUCGAUUGAUUAUGGGGGCGGUGGUGGUGGUGGGGAGAAUGGGAAGGAGAUGCUGACGAGUACGAUCGACUUGAAGGUGGAUGUGCAUCGGAAGAAUAGUAGCGAGUCGAGUGACGGGAGUAAUGGGGGGAUUGGGGAGGAGGGAGGAGGUGCGAAAGCGUUGGCGUCGACGGUACAAACCCACUCGGCGGAGAUUUGCAGCAGUAGUGGAGGAGGGGGGAUGGGAGGGGGGACGCAUAAGCGAUCGUUGAGUACGCCAAAUCAGGAUACGAAGGACGAUGGGGUGGGGGAAGAGGGUGCUGUUGGAGGUUCGGCGGCGACGGUGGAGACGCAGCAGUCGAAAGAUGGUGGAAAGAAGAGUGCCACGUUGCGACGUCAUCAGUACAAGUCGAAGCGGAAACAGCGGUUUAUGAACAGUCAGCUGCAGCGUCAGAUCUCGCUGGACUCGGAGAAGAUCGGGAUGGGGAUCGUGUUUGCGGACGAGGGAGGUCCUUCGGGGACGCAGGGACUGCAUCGACACCUCAGUUCGGACGAUCAGAACCAGAACAAGUCGAACACGUCGCUGUUUAAUCACCACCAUUACCAUCAUCACCUGCUGGCGCUGCAGAACCUCGAUCCGGACAUGUACAUGGACCAUAGCUAUACCAAGUCGGCGGUUCAGCUCGCGGUCGAGAACAUCCCGGGGGAGACGACGAGCAAGAUCUACCUGCUGCAGCAGUCGACGCCGAUUCGACGGGACUCGAACAGCACCAUGUCGGCGAUCCAGCUGCCAACGAUCGUGGGGAACUCCUCCGGAGGAACCGUAACCUCUUCCAGCAAGAACCGCCGCCAUUCGAAUGCCAACGCUAGUGCCGCUGCCGCCGGAGUUCGGCCACUGCCACGCUCGCUGACCUCGGUGCGACGCAUCAAAAGUGCUGCCCUGGAAACGACCUGCAGUCCGUCGUCGAUCUCCAACCUCCAAGCGCCAACCCAUCCAAACAGUGUCGAAGUGAUCGGCGGCCAAACGCUGCGCAACCCGCAGCACACGGUAAUCCCGCCGCCCAGCAAAUGCCUCUCGCGAAACCCUCACCUGAACCUCUUCCCGAAACCAAACGGCGGAAGCACCAGCACCGGAGUGCCCGUCGGCGCCAUCGAACCGGUCUACCCGAUCGCCGAGCAAGCCGACGAAAGCACGCCGGUCAAAACGACGACCGCAGCGACUUCGGAAGCCGUUGACGAGCAGGACACCGAGUCCGACCUGGACCAACCGGCCACGCUCCAAUCGACGGAAUCCUCCGACACGGACGACGGCGGCCAAGACGAGGACGAAGACGACGGAAUCGACCGGCUUCGCGGUGGCGUCAGCGAAGACGAAAGCAGUGGCGUCCACACGAUCCACGUCCAUCGACAUCACCACCACCAUCAUCACCAUCGGCAUCUUCCCGGCGGCGGCAGUCGCCAAGUCUCGCAGCAGUCGACGACGCAGGACGCGGACGACCCCGGCACCGAAUCAGACCCGGACCAACCGGCGAUGCUGCAAUCGACGGACUCGGACACGGAAAACAACGCCGGCUCGCGAUCGCCACUGUUGGAACCGCGAUCGAGAGGCGCCAGCGGCGCAGCUCCGCUCGUAAUCGUCGAGGCGAAAAAUCCCGCGUGUAUCAUCCCAGCGUCCAGUACGGUCGAGGCGGGAAUCGCCUCGAUGCGCCUCUCCAAGUCGGCGGACAAGAUGAAAAAGUCCGCAACGGUGGAGGAUUCGCCCGAUCGGAACGGGGGACCUUCGUCGAGCGAUUGGGAGCAGGCGAGCGCCAGCUCCAAGGAUCAGCUCAUUACGAGCGCAACGAAGGAGUCGAAGGUUACGCCGGUUGACGCCGUGCCCGGGACGAGCAAGGAGAAGUGGUUCGAGUACGCUGGAGUUGACGAAGCGGAGAAGAAGGAGUCGUCGGAGACGACGGCGGCUGUGGCGAUUACGAGGAAUCUAGGGGCGAUCCCGAAGACGUCUUCAAGUAGGAUCACCAGCCGAAGGCUGAGCGCGGAGGAGAACUACCCGAGCACGAGUAGUAAAAUCUACAAUCGAACGCUCUCCCAACGAUUGUCCGCGGAGCGCAUUCCGGAAAACGCAACGGCAGCGCCGUUGAUCACCUUCCUCAACUACCGCUCGGAGGUCCCAAUCCCGCCCAUCUACCUGCCCGGAAACAGCUCGCUCUCCGAGCAGCAAGCCUCAAGCUUCACGUCCUUUCGCCGCCCAACGGCGUACGGUUCGGACCGUAGCUACCGGCAGUUCCAGUGCCGGCUGCGAAUGUCCCGCAGCAAACAUCCGGUAGUGUCGAUGGAACCCAACAGUGGCGGCGGCGGCGGUCCCGUGGCGGGCCCCAGCAGCCGCGAUGACGACAACAAUAACUGCAACUUUUGCCUGGACUCGAUCGACGGCCCGACGACGACCACUUCGAGCCGAAGCGUCGGCGGAUCGAGUUCGACCUUUCACGACCCGACCGAGGUGCCUUUAAAUUUCUUCGUGGACGAACAGGAACGGUGGGUUCAGUACGCCACGAUCGAGAACGUGAUCAAGGAGCGGAUGGCGAUGAGUCGCGGCGGCGGCGGCAUCGCUGGACCUUCCGGAGUGGACGCCAACAACGCGUCGAUCAACUCGUCCGGCAUCGACAAAGCGAUGGCUCCGACCGAGUACAGCCUGUCAUCGGCGCAGAGUGCGAUCGACGUGGUGCCACGAUCGAUGUUCGGCGAGCCGCAGAUCCGCCCCAAGCGGUACUACAAGUUCCCCGUGAAUCUGCUCUGCUUCAAGGAGUUCAACAUCUCGAUGAACCGAUUGCAGCUGCUGGCCCUGUUCGAUCGCGACACCAACUGGUUCCAGGUGAUCCUCGCGAUCCUCCUGUGCACGAUGGUUUCGCUGCUCGGCGCUACCGUGCUGUACCUGAAGUUCUACGAAGAUCUGUACGCGUUCAUCUUUUGCUUCGUGAUCGCCGGCAGCCAGUACUCGCUGCUCAAAAGCGUCCAACCGGACGCGGCCUCUCCCAUCCACGGCUUCAACAAGACGGUCACCUACUCCAGACCGAUCUACUUCUGCCUGUGCUCAUCGCUGCUCCUAACCGCCCAUCACAUGCUUCGAGAGUACCAAAUUGCCCCCGACCCAGUCGCCGCCCACUUUAAACUGUUUGGCUUCCAGCUUUCGAUCAUCGAAUUCCUCCAGUGCACCCAGAGCGUCCUCUCCGUCGUGAUCCUGCUGUUCCCAUUCCUCUUCAGCCUCGGCCUCUUCCCCCAAAUCAACACCUUCGCGAUGUACUUCCUCGAGCAGAUCGACAUGCACAUCUUCGGAAGCAACGCCGCCUGCAGCCUCCUCUCUUCCUUCCUCUCCGUGCUCCGAUCCUUCCUAGCCUGCACCCUCCUGUACGGACCCGCCUACGGAGGCCUCUCCGAAACCGGCACCCAGCACGUACUCUUCUCCAUGUUCUGCGCCUUCCUCAUCACCGUAUCCUACCACUUGUCCCGCUGCGCCAGCGACUUCACCUACAUCUGGGCCGUCAUCAAAUCAAGCCUCAUCAUCCACCCCGAUUACGACGACAGCACCAGCAAGGAAGACUCCAAAAUGUCCACCGACUCCGAGGACAAAUCGUCCAGCGGCGGCGACAACCGCUCCAGCGACGAAAUCCACCCAAAAGACGUCGACGAAGAGGCGAACCGCGAAAGCACCAAGGAACUCGACGAUCCGCUCCCCAAAAAGCUCCAGUUCACCGUCACUGCCCGGCUCAAAAACGACGCCGUCGUCUGCGUCGUCCUCUCACUAAUAAUCUUCAGUCUGCACUGCAGCACCGUCUUCACCGUACUCCAGCCGAACAUCAACGUCGUGCUGCGAACCGGCGCCUGCGUCCUCGGCUUCCUCAUCCACUACAUCGUGCCGCAGCUGCGCAAACAUCUGCCCUGGCUGUGCAUCGCCAAGCCGCUCCUGAAGGCGAAGGAGUUUGGUCAGUUCGAGGUGCAGAACCUGUCCAAGAUCAUGUGGUUCGAGCGGAUGUACGUGGGGCUGUGCUUCUUCGAGCGCAACAUUCUGUACCCGUUGAUCUUUCUGAGUGCGCUGACGGCCGACUCGGGCGAGAUUGUCGCCAAGUACGGGCUGUCCGUGGGGACGAUGCUGGUGGUGGUGAGCGGGCUCAAGUGCGUCCGGAACGCGUACUCGGACAUCGGAAGUCAGUACAUCAUCCUGGUGUUUACCGUGCUGUUCUUCCAGCAAGACUACCAAGUGUCCAGCGAGAAGUUCCUGAUCGACUACUUCUUCGUGUCGAUUCUGUACCGCAAGAUCAGCGAGUUCCUGCUGAAGCUCCAAUUCGUCGUCACGUACAUCGCACCCUGGCAGAUCACCUGGGGUUCGGCAUUCCACGCGUUCGCGCAGCCCUUCAGCGUUCCGCAUUCGGCGAUGUUGUUUCUGCAAACUGCCAUCAGUGCGCUGCUGUCGACUCCUUUGAAUCCGUUCUUGGGAAGUGCCAUAUUCCUGACGUCGUACGUGCGCCCCAUCAAGUUCUGGGAGCGGGACUACAACACGCGCCGGAUCGACCACUCCAACACCCGGCUCAGCUCGCAGCUGGAGCGCGACCUGGGCGCGGACGACAACAACCUGAACAGCAUCUUCUACGAGCACCUGACGCGCUCGCUGCAGCACUCGCUGUGCGGCGACCUGCUGAUGGGGCGCUGGGGAAACGUCAGCCAGGGGGAUUGCUUCGUUUUGGCCUCGGAUUAUCUUAACUGUUUGGUCCACAUUAUCGAGCUGGGCAACGGGUUGUGUACGUUCCAGAUGCGGGGCUUGGAGUUCCGCGGAACGUACUGCCAGCAGCGAGAGGUCGAAGCAAUCUCCGAAGAGGUGGAGGAGAAUAUCGGUUGCUGCUGCUGCACCGUCGGCCAUCUGCCCCGGAUGCUGAGCGCGAACGCCAUGUUCACGACGCGCUGGCUCGCCUGGCAGGUGAUGGCCUCCAAGUACGUCCUCGAGGGCUACUCCAUCUCGGACAACUCGGCGACCGCCACGCUGCAGGUGUUUGAGUUCCGGAAGGUGCUCAUCUCGUACUACGUCAAGAGCAUAAUCUACUACGCGAUUCGGUCGCCCAAGCUGCUCAACUGGCUGCAGUCGGUCGCGAUCGAGGAAGCGCUCGAGCACACGCUGGAUCGGCAGUUUGUCGAUCUGGAUCCGGUGUUUAACCACAACCUGGACGACGAUUACGACUUUCGAGCGGCUGGGAUUACCCGGGCAAGCUUCUGGAACGUGUACGGCGAGUGGAUUCAGUUUUGCUGCGAGAAGCGACGGCAGCAGAUGCAGGCCGCACUGAACGAGAAGAAUACGCCCAAGAAGGUGGUACCGGCUCCAGUGCCAACUCCGGCAGUUGCGCCGACGACGACGGCGCCGAGUGCGGGUUUGCCGAUGGCGCCGCUUCAGUCGAGUAUGGCGUCAACGUCGACUUCGACGGGGAAUGCUGGAGCGGCGGGAAGUGGGUCAACGACGGCGAGGGUUGCUUUUGGGGAGGGGGUGUUUACGGUCAAGCAGGAAGGGCUGACGCAACAGUCGUCCAAGUCGGAAGGGGAAUCGAGUGCCAACGGAGGAGGAGGGGCAGGACAGGCGACGUCGUCCGGAACGUCAAACGGGAAUGGGAACGGAAACGGAAGUGCCAAUCAGCAGUUUUUCGUGUCGGGUCGUGACUCUCUGGUCACCUCACUGUGCAUGGCACUCGCGCUGCUAGCCCGGCGAACGCUGGCCACCGCCAGCCACAGCUCGACCUGCGGUGUGGAGUUCUUCCUGCACGGCUUGCACGCCCUGUUCAAGGGUGACUUCCGGAUAACGUCGACCCGGGACGAGUGGGUGUUUGCCGACAUGGAGCUGCUGCACGGCGUGGUGGCGCCCGCGGUUCGGAUGUCCCUCAAGCUGCACCAGGACCACUUCCUGUGUCCGGACGAGUACGACGAUUACGGUGCGUUGUUCAACGCGAUCGACUACCACACCAAAGAGCUGGUCAUUUCGCACGAGGCCGAUCCGCUGUGGCGGAACGCGGUCCUGCGGGGCACCCCGAACCUGCUGGCGCUACGCCACGUCAUGGACGACGGCUCGGACGAGUAUCGGGUGAUAAGACUGAGCAAGCGCUUUCUUAGCUUUCGCGUGAUCAAGCUGAACCGCGAGUGCGUUCGUGGCCUGUGGGCAGGCCAACAGCAGGAACUGAUCUACCUCCGGAAUCGGAAUCCGGAGCGCGGAAGCAUCCAGAAUGCGAAGCAAGCCCUUCGCAACAUCAUCAAUUCGUCCUGCGAUCAACCGAUCGGCUACCCCAUCUACGUUUCACCCCUGACGACGUCCUAUGCGGAGACAAAUCCGCAACUUUGCCGCAUCAUCGGGGGUGAAAUCACGCUGGAGAAGAUCCAGCACAUGCUAAUCAGCUUCUGGAACCGAGUCAGACAACGUUGCCGCGAAGGUUGCAGCAGCGGAAGUGCAAUAAUCGACAACGAAAUGGGCGAAAUCCAGGGCGUCUACUGCAAUACUCCAACGCCAAACAAUACUCUGUCCGGCACCGCCGGAACUCUCUCCUACGGAAGCCAAAACAUGUCCCUCUCGGGAGCGGCAGCCAACCGCGGAAGCCUCGCAAGCAUCAACAAACCAACCAGUUCCACCCUGCUCGCCGGCUUCCUCAACCGCGAGCGUGACUCCGAGCGGGACACGCUGCGCGACCGAGCCGGCGUCACCAAGCGCAACAUGAGCAGCAGCAGCAAGGACCGAAUCGACCGCGCCCUGGCCGCCAGCAAGCGCGAAUCCUUCAAGGAAGCCCUGGCCAGCGGAAGUGGCCUUGCGGCGGCAACGGCCAGCGGUAGCAACAACUCUAGUCUGAAGCAGCAGGAAAGUGUCGAGUCGACGUCCAACGCCAAAAGCAACGCCUCGUCCUCCGUCAACCUGAACAUGCCGUCCAACUCGUCCGGGUUUACCAGUUCGGUCAUGUUUACCCUCUCCCCGCCCGGCGAUAACUCGUACACGAUAUUCUCCAUGACCGAGGGGCAGCAGCAGCAGCAGCAGCCGGGGACGGGAAGUUCCGGGAUCGUUGACAGGUCGAUGGAUUUGAGGGCGAUGAAGGAGAAGAGUCGCAGCGGGGACGGGGAAGAUUCGGCGCCGGCGUCGACCCAGUGGGUGAACGCUCCGCCGGCGAUCGGACUGAACCGGAAGGUCAUCAUCGUGGAUGCGGCGCAAAUCUACGACUGCCUGGAUCUGGGUCGCCGCAUCGACGUGAUCUGGCCGAGCGAGCAGUUCCGCAGCUUGGGGGGCCGAUCCUCGUGGAAGGAGUGGCAGCCGCAGGAGGGCAUGGUCGGCAUCACGGUGCACUACUGGCAGCCGAACCACCCCGAUCAUCACUUCCGGUCGAACGUGAACCGCACCAUCCUGCUGGUCCGGAUCGGCGAGCGGUUCGUGCCGAUCGGGGAGAAGGGCGUCAAGGAGUACAACACGAUCGGGCUCGGUGGCGGGGACGAUUUGGCGGUGGCGGUUGCUGCACCGCUGGAGGUCGCCGAUGAAGUGUGCUGCGUUGAGGGAGAUGGUGGUGAUGGUAAGGGGGUAGCAAACGAUGCGCAACCUUCGGUUGCGGAAGAGGAUGUGGCGGCCACGGUGGCGAUCGUUUAGGGUUGUUCCUCUUUUUCCAAUCACUUGUCGUUAAUGUUUAGAAGGGAAAUCGGGGUUUAGACAAAGAAAUAGAGUUGAGAUAAAAAAAAACAGGUCGUCGUAGCUUUUCUACUCUACUCUCAAAGGUCAAAACUUUUUCCAAAAAAAACUCCAUGAAACAUCCUAGCCAUUUCAAUUCGUAGCCUUAUUACGUUUAAAUUUUUACGUAAAUUUUGUAGAACGAAACGGAAAUUGUAGGAAAUCUUGUAGGGAAAAAGCUGAAAAAAGACGAAAUCGAACUAUUUUGAGACGAUUUUUUAAAAAGUUAACAUUUUUUCAGUUCGACGUUACUUUUAAAGCGUUCAUUUUUCAAACCUUAUCGGCAUCUAGAUCAAAAAAAAAACCAUGAAUCGCUUCAUCAGAUCAAACACAAAUAUACUCGAAUAAUGAAAAAAAUACACGAAGUUCGUCGCGGAGCUGACGUCCGCGCAGAGAGUUGAUCAGUUGAUCUUUAACGAAUUAAAAGUCUUAUGGUAGAUAGUUAAACAAAAAACAAGUUAGUAGAAGGAGUUCGGAAUAGCGCAAAAGCACGCAAACAAAUCGAUUCGCAAA